UCUUGCCCUCUGAUGGGACUGAGCUGGGUUAAUGUGCCCCUCACCUUUACAAGGUUUUCGCCGGAAAAAUGUCGUCGUCUACGGAAAAAUCCAGUAACGACUACGAGGUCGGGCACCGAGCCGAGUUGGAAGGAAAAGGCGCUUCAUCUGCGGGUGGCAGCACGGAGGAAGCUACGGAAGCUACGAAAACCCUAAUCGAAAUGCAAAAGGAGGCAUUACAAUGGCGAGACCAGAAAAGGAGGACGACAAUGGCUGGUCGUACCAACGAACCCCCCUCAAAAAAACAGGAAAAAAUUGCUCUAACAGGCUCAGCAGAAACACUAAGGUUAACGGCCAAUAUCGGGGCUUAUUGGGCAUUUAUGAAGCGCCUUGCCCCGAAGAUCCGUCAGUGGCAUAGGGAUGCAUACUGCGGUUCUAUAUUUCAACACUACAUUUUAUUUGGGGCUCCUGCGCCUGAUCGGCCCACCCUUGAGCUGCUGCUGAGCUUUUUCGAUAGAGAUAAUAACACCUUUUGUAUACCUGAUUCAAAAAGUGGGGGUAUGAAAAAUGUUAGUUUUGAUUUGCAAUGGGUCCACAACCAUACUUAUUUCCCAAUUUAUGGGGAGGACAUAAGGAACAAUAGGGACUCAAGAAGCAGAAUAUGGCUGGAAUACUUCGCUAAGCUUUUCAUUUCUGAAGAGGGUAAGAAGUUAAAAAAAUCAGAAACCAGCCAACGUAAACAUCUUGAAGGGCUACUUGAACGGCUUGUUGAAUCUACCAAAAAGCGGGAUAUCGAGGAUUUUACUCUGCUACAAAUUUUGUACCAAUGCUCUAUGAUAUGGAGUCCCAUAGCAGGGGAAGGUAUCCCUAGACCCUUACUCAGGUACCUGGAUAGCAUUCAGAGGGUCAAUUCUGUUGCAUGGGCCCCGUUCUUUUAUAAUGAAAUUAUCAGGGGCAUUGGAGUUGCUUUGGAGGGAAAGAAGAAGCAAAAGGUCGCAUAUGUCCCAGGUUGCAUGACACUAUUGUGUCUUUGGUACUACGAGAUGACAGGCAUAAAAAAAUAUGCCCUCUUAGACACCUCCAGACCUCCAAUGACAAAUUGGGCAUUAGGGGAGGAGAGAAUCGCAUCUAUGAGGAUGCCGACAAUUAUUUCAAAGGCUAAGUCAGCGUCAAUAACAUUUGUCCAUAGGCCUAUUGCGGAGGUCGCUUCUCCUGGUCAUGUUCAUCCACUUCCCGCUGAACAGAGGGAUGAAGUUCUUCAGCAAAAGCGUCAGGCAAAGAGGAAGGCUUUGCAGGAAGAAACUACUAAGAACUUCUCAAUAGGUUACAUCAUGGCAAAGCAUAUUGACGUUGCUUUUAACGAUGAAGAGGAGAUCAAUGUUCUUCCCAUUGAGCAGCAACUCACAUUUUGGAGAAAUUCUGCUAAAUUUCUCAAACGACUUCUUGUUGCUACAAAGCAGACCAAGAGCAAAUAUUGUAAAGAAUUCAUGAUUGAGAUCAACAGGCUUAACAGGAUAAUUGAAAAAUGUGGAAGACAUGAUGAGGUUAUAGACCCGGUGCUCCUUAAGUCAAAUAUCAAACAGAAAAUUGCAAAUGAAAUUAGGAAGAAGCGACAGGGAGCUCAAGAGGAACAGAAGUCCAAAACAAGCAGUGUAUAUAAGGAAGAGCCCACCAGUCAAGAACAUGUACAUAAGAUUGUUGAAGAGGAUGUAAAGCAUCUUGCUGACGAUGAGGCAAUAGAAGAGGAGCCAGUUACUUCUCCAGGGGAGGGGUGUAAAUAA